AUUCAAGAAGGGUAGGGCGCAGGGCGGCUUGCCCCCGCAAGAAGAGAGAGAUACAAGUCAGCUACUUCCUUAGCUGAACCAAUCAGCUGUCGCGAUCAAUUGAUGUCUACAGAUGAGAUUUAAGUUUUAAUGUGCAUACAGUUGGUUCGACGCUAAUUCGCCGUUGGUCGUCCAAAAAUUACAACCCGACAAAAUGUCGGUGGCCGACACUCGCCGGUUGAAUUCUAAGCCCCAGGACCUGACGGAUGCUUACGGCCCCCCCAGCAAUUUUCUGGAAAUAGACGUUUAUGAUCCACAAAUCAUUGGAGUUGGACGGAACCGUUACACAACUUACGAAGUUCGUAUGCGGACAAACCUUCCCAUUUUCAAACUGAAGGAUUCCUGUGUGAGAAGAAGAUACAGUGACUUUGAAUGGUUAAAGAAUGAGCUGGAAAGAGACAGUAAGAUUGUAGUACCAUCUCUGCCGGGCAAAGCCCUGAAGAGACAGUUGCCAUUCCGUGGAGAUGAGGGCCUUUUCGAGGAGUCCUUCAUUGAGGAGCGGCGAUUGGGCCUGGAGCAGUUCAUCAACAAAAUUGCAGGUCACCCGUUGGCCCAGAACGAGCGCUGUCUUCACAUGUUUCUGCAAGAGGAAAGCAUUGACCGUAACUACAUUCCUGGAAAAGUAUGAAUGAAACAGUACAGACUGCUGCACCUGCUCCAUGUACAUUUAUUUCUACAUCACGUCAUUUAAAAAGCUGGUGGGAAUGUCAGAACUGAUGAGUAUCAACGCUGUAGGAAAAACACAACUCUUGCUCCUGGACAUCUAUAAAUUGUUCGAUGUUGUGUCUUUAUUCAGUCAUUCCACAUACUGUAUUAUUUUGAUUGAGUUAUCAGCGAAAAAGAAAACAUGUUCCGUAUAUCCUUUUGUCAUUUUUGUCAUAGCUAGAAGUUUUGUUUUUACAAUGGUUAUGCUUUCUGAAUGUCUUUAAUUGAUUUGAUCAACUUUAAAAUGAGGGUAAUUUCCUGCUAUGAUUAGAGUUUUCUUUCGCUGGCGGAGAUGUGAUUUCGAUGAAAAGCUCCCAAAGUCGAGCCACAUGUAGCAUCAUGAAAAAGACAGUGACAUGUCAUUCCACUCAAAAUAUUUUCCCUGAAGUUUUAUGUUCUGGACAUGCUCUUAGACAGGAUUGUUUCCUGAUUAAUUGUUUUAACUCUGCCGUCUUGGAUACAUUGUCAUGCCUACACUUUGGCUGUGUGUUGUCAUAUCAGCUAUUGGGAAUGUUAAGUUAGGUAAAUAACCAUAUCUAAGCACUGUGACAAGAGGUUCAUUAUAUGAACAAUAUUUCAUUGUUUAAAGGCGUAAUCAGCAUCUGGUUUAUUGAUCUGAAAUAAGGCUUCUUCUGCGCUUAUUUUCAGCUGUUUAAUUCUUUCUAUCAAUAUUAUUGUGAAGUGUAUAAUACAUGUUAUCAUUGCAGUUCCACUAUGGGUGACGAGGAACUUCCUUGUUAAUUCUGUCCACCAAUUAAAUUUCCUGCUGCCUGCUGUUCCAUGUCUGCAUGUCUCUUUUCAGUGUUAAGGAAGAGGAAUAGAAGCAAAACCUCUAAAACUCACCUUUCAGUGUGUGAUUAGUGCAUCACGCCAAGAGGCAGAUCAGAGAGAGUCACGGGUGCUGGAUGAAUGGCCGCAGAUUGGCGGAUGACCUAAUUUAACAAUGAAAUGGAAAACAGCACGAACAGGUUGGAAACUGUAAAUUGUAGAGGAAAUUUUACAAUUCUUUGCAUAAGUCUUUCAGCUUGUACAUAAGAUUUUACUACGUUUUAAACAUUGUUUAAAACAGUCUAUAUAGUUUUUACUUGUGGCCCGGUUAUGAAGUUACUAUAUGAAAGUGACUGCUGUGGUGAGAUCGGCUGAGCGUUAUUUUUCACUUUGUAAAAAAGCAAAGCUGUUCCCAGCAUUAUUGAUGUUUUAAUGUUCUUCUCCCCUAGAUGUACAAUACCCUCUUUACAACAUGUUAAAACAGUAUGAUGGUUUUCAUUUGGUACAACAUGUACCCAACUUCCAGUGGUGUGUCCAGACUUUCUUGACAAGGGUGACACAAAUGGGCCACUGACACCAUAUAAAUACAAUGUAAAGCUUCAGUAGUCCCCAAAAAUACAUUGUACAUACAAAAGAAGACAAUGCAGAUUCAAAAAUACUUGUCAAACAGAUGGGUCGAACUAUGGUCCCGCCUCGCACUGGGCAGAUAGCCAAUCAUACUUUAGGAUAAUGGGUUUCCGCUUGGAGCGGCCAAUCAGAUUUCAGGGUUGACCAUCACCCUUGCCAAUUUAACCUUUAUCUUGAUGGAACUUGUGAUGUACCGCAGCAAUGUGCACAAAAAUAAAAACCUACUACAUUGAGAUAACUGUGUUCCUCCAUGGUAAAAUGCACCUUUGUGAACCACAUUAAAGCUGUUAAUCUAAGUACAGCUGAAACGCUUUAUUGGCAAAUAUUCUUUUGAGUUAUUUUUCUGUUUCAAUGCCGAAUAUAAUUGUGAACUGAACAUCUUUGGUUUUUGGACUGUUCAUCAGGUAAAGCAAGCAAUUUGGAUGAAAAAAAAAUGACCAUACCCUCACCCCCUCCCUUUUUGCUGAUCCCCUCUUCCCUUGAAUAAUAUUUGACCAGUCCCCGAAAAAUAUUUUAGCAUUUAUGUUUAGCUGUUUAACUACUAGAGUGAAGCAUCACAUGACACACUCCGCCUCUCUUUGCAAGUCUUAUUAAGCAUGAAUGUGUUAAAUAACUAACUGGAUCGUAACAAAUGUUAACACAUCAAUAAAGCUAAUCUUUUAUAGCGUUCAUGAACAGCUUUUAUGCAUCACAUUAUCAAUACUCGAGCGCCGUCUUAGUGCUUAUGUGCAAGAAGGAAGCAUCAUAAUAGGCACAAGCUGUGGCACUUCAGUGGCAACACUGGGUCUUUUUGUUUCACUAACCAUGAAUCUUAAAGUCCUCUAAUCUUUCCUUGCUGUAGUUCGCCGUCAGGAAAUACAGGGAUUAACGGGGGAAGAGGAAUUCUGGCCACAGGUGGAUUAAAGUUGUCCCAGAAUAGUGAUCAUGUGAUGUAGAUCUAGACCUGCUGGGGAUCCAAAGUAGACAUGACUGUAAUUGGACACAAUUGUGGCUUCCACUUGAUUAAAAAAAAAAAAAAAAAAAAAAA